AUGGUCUGUCCAGGAAAAGCUGAGUGUGGUGGAAUCCUGAGUGAUCCAUACAAAGUAAUAAAAAUUGAUGUCAAUGCAAAUGAGACUUGCACAUGGUAUAUAGACAAAGAUGUGGAUCAAAACAUCCGACUAGUCUUCUCUUAUUUCCAAUUGAAUCCCUCAUCAGCCUGUGACAGAGAAAAUAUUGUAAUAUAUGAUGGUCCUUCAACUAAUUCAUCUUUUCUUGGACUAGUAUGCAAUAACCAUGAUUCUGUUCCUGUAUUUGAGUCAUCCUCAAAUGCUUUAACAUUUCGCUUAUCAACAGACUCCACAGUUUUCCAAAGGAAUGUCUUUGCAUUUUAUUAUUUCAUUUCACCUGAAUCAGCCUCAAUUAAAAACUGUGGAGGUAGACUUCACAGCCCAAAUGGAUCAUUCACCAGCCCUAACUACCCAGGAUCACACCCACCAUUUGCCUAUUGUGUCUGGCACAUACAAACGGAAGCAAAUACAAGGAUAAAUUUAACAUUCAGUGAAAUUUUCCUAGAAAUGGAUGAUAAAUGCAGAUAUGACUUCAUUGCCGUCUAUGAUGGUUCAACAACCAACUCUGGUUUAAUCAAACAAGUAUGUGGCCUUAUCAAGCCAACAUUUGAGUCUUCUUCCAACUUUAUGACUGUUGUGCUAUCUACAGAUUAUGCCAAUUCUUACAGGGGCUUUUCUGCUCACUACACAAGUUUACGAAUACCAACACCACAGCCCAACAUAUUCCUCACAUGUUCUUCAGACAUGAUGACAGUCAUUCUCAGCAAGUCUUAUUUGGAUUCACUUGGCUUUAACGAAAAUGACUUAACACUGAAUGAUCCAAAUUGCAAACCUAAUGCCUCAAACCCAGUGACGUUUUCAUUUCCAUUCAACAGCUGUGGAACAAUUAAAGAGAGCCAAAAUCACAGCAUUUCUUAUACCAAUACCAUCACGGCCUUCCCAACAGGUGAUGUGAUCACCUACCAAAAGAGUGUUGAGAUUGUUGUGAAAUGUAUAAUGGAAAACAAUUCAACUGUAGAAGUUGCAUACAUUACAGAAAAGGAUGUUGCAGAGAACACAAGUUCCCUGGGUAGAUACAACCUCAGCAUGUCUUUCUAUGAGUCUGAUUCAUUCUCUAGCCCCAUACUUGAUUCUCCAUACUAUGUAGACUUGAACCAGACUCUCUAUGCGCAAGUCAGUCUGCAUUCCAGUGAUGAUGAUUUGUUAGUGUUUGUGGAUACAUGCACAGCAUCACCAAACUCUGAUUUUGGAUCACCAAACUACGAUUUAGUCAGAAGUGGCUGUGCCAAAGAUAACACAUACAAGGCCUACCCAGUCCUUGAACAUUAUGGGAGGUUCAGCUUCCGUUCUUUUAAAUUCCUGCGAAGCCAUCCAUCUGUUUACAUCCACUGCGAAAUUUUAAUUUGUGACAGCAAGGACCAUAAUUCUCGCUGCACUAAAAACUGCAUGUCUCGCCAUAAGAGAGAGAUUUUUUCCUACAAAUGGAAAGGGGAUGCUAUGGUGGGACCUCUCAAACUGAAAAGAGAUCAUAGUUCCAUGGAUCGCUCAGGUUCUUCUGCUCAGGUAUAUCCUGAAAAAAGCCAGGAUGGGCAAACCAAGAGCCUGAGUAUCCUUACCUCUCUUGUCCUGGUGACCAAUGCUGUCCUUCUUGCUGGUCUGGCAGUAAAGCAUUUCAUCAGUCGGCAACAAGGAUACAGAUAUCAGAAACUGCAGAGCUACUAACAGAAUUUUCUACCAGCUGCUUCAGUUUGAAACCCCUUCUUUGCAAGCUGCAGAAUGUGUUUCAUGGACCUAUCUUUCCAUUAAAUAUUACUUAUUUCAAACAAAGAAUGUUAGGAACUGUAGUGUAAGAGAAACAAUGGAAAAGUGAGCUGAAACAGGAAUUAAGGGGAGAAACGUGCAUAUUUGGAAGGGUGGAUGGGUCAGAAACGACUAAAACACCUUUACUUCUGUGGGUGUACCCAUGAGGAUGUAUGCAUAAGAGCAUUGUGAUUUCUGUAAUUUUUUUCUAAGCACAAUAUAGAUUAAAAUAUUUUAUGAACACAAAA